UAUAAAUAUUCAUUUAUUUAAACUUUUUACUUUUCUUACUUUUUUCUUCUUUUUUGUACUUUAGCAGAGAAAAUAUAUUUUUUUGCACAUCAAAAAAUGCAUCUUAAUGCAUAGAAUACAUGUAACAAAUUUCAUGAAAAUGUCUACAAUAUUGUUUAAGUUAUUAUUAAAAAACUGAUUUUUUUUGAAAACUUCAACACCAACUGUAUCUCAAAAGUUAAGACGUUUAGAACAUCUGUUCAUUAGAACUUUUUUAAUGAGUCCAGGAAUCACUCCCUUAAAUAUUAGUACGUCUUAGGAACACCUUGUACAUCCACAAGUCUUAUUGAAAUGAAACAAUUCUGGCUAAUCCAUAGAUAUUAUCACAUGCUUGACAGUAUUGUUAAUCAUAUGAAAAUACGAUUUUCUGGAAGCAGUCAAAACCCUGAUAUCGCAACAGAUAAUUUUUUUUUAAAUGAAUUUAGUAGGAAAUGAAACUUUUAUAGAACAGUAUAAUAAAUAAUUUACGAGUAAUAUUGACAAAUAUUCCCUAAUCGCGGAGAUUUUAUAUAGGAUAUACAGGGUGUUCCAUUAAUAAUGGUAAAUAUUUUAAUAGCAGAUUCCUCUCACAAAAAUGAUGAGGUUAAGUUAAAUUUUCCUAGUCCGAAAAUGAAAUGCAACCAAGAUACAGGGUGAUAAACAUUAAGUAUUUUUUUUGAAUUUUGUCUAUAACUUUAGCAGUUGUUUUUUGUUAUUAUUAAUGGGACACCCUGUAUAUAAAUAGGUAAUUAAAAACUGCAUCAAGGCUAAUGUCAGUGUAAUUGAUCAGUUUUUAAACUUAAAAUAUAUUGUGACAUUGGAUCAAAUACUUCUGAGAGAUCUUUUUAUAAUGAAAAGUGUAGGUUAAAAUGUCCAAAAACUUUCAAUGUUGAAAAGCAAAAAUAAAUUAAUAAAGAAUUUUGGCAAAUGAAUAAUAAUGAACAAAGAACUUUUGUAUUUAGUUGUAUAAAACGAUUUGCAAAAGAAAGUAAAAUGGUGGCUAAUAACUCAAGGAAAGAAAAUAGUUUCAAGUAUGUUCUAAAAGAUUUGAAUGGCACAGAAAAUUAUGUUUGCAAAACUUUCCUGCUCGCAACUUUGGGGUUCCACCCAGCAAAUGAUAGGUUUUUAAAAUCUGUUAGGGACACUGAACCUACAGCUGCUUUGCCAAGAAAGGAUAUGCGUGGUCGCCAUCCUAACUCUGCAAAAGUUGACAGAAAUUUGCUUGUAGACCACAUUAAAACAUUUCAACCAGUUGUUUCGCAUUAUAGAAGAGAGCAUGCCCCUAACCGGCUCUAUUUGUCAAGUGACAUUUCAGUUACUUUGAUGUAUAAGGAUUUCGUAGAAAAGAAUCCAAUGGUUAAAGCGUCUUAUGAGUUGUAUAGGCAGGCGGUCGCCAGCAUGAAUAUUUCAUUUGCUAAUUUAGGAAACGAGGAAUGCUUUGAGUGUGAGAAAUUUAACUUACAUUUAAAAAGUUCGCUACACAAGAAAGAAGAUUCAAGUAUUGACUGUAAAGAAUGUGGGGUAUGGAAAGGGCACAAAGAAAACUAUGUCGCUGCCAGAGAGGAAUAUGAAAAAGAUAAGAAGGAAAGAGAACCCGAGAAAUUAAUUAUUUCAGCUGACUUGCAAAACGUGAUAAUGCUACCACGGGCCGAAAUGUUUAAGGAAAUGAUAUUCACUCCAAGGUUGAUUGCUUUUAAUGAGUCAUUUGUUCCAGUUGGUGCAUAUUCCAAAGCUUUGAAAGCAAUGGCAGUUAUUUGGCACGAAGCCAUAAGCGGCCGAAAAAAAGAAGAUUUAAUCUCAACGUUUUAUGCCUUUUUAUUAAAUAACAGGGACACACCAUAUAUAACAAUUUGGCUUGACAAUUGUGCGGCUCAAAAUAAGAAUUGGUCGCUUUUAUCUUUUUUUAUUUUUAUUGUAAAUUGUGCUGAUGUUGAUCUAAAGAUUUUUUAUGUAAAAUAUUUUCAGUGCGGUCAUGAUAAAAACACCCAUUUGUAUUAUUUUUUUCCAGUGUUACAUAGUUAAAACGUCCUAAGUGUUAUUUUUUUUCAAAAUACUUAAAUUUCAUAAGCAUAAACUAUUUUCUCUUCUU